AAAAUGUAUCUAUUUUCGAAAAACGUACCAAGUGUGAUCUUCGUUUCGUUAUUUUUGUUGGCUAACGCUCAACGAACAUCGAACAAUAAUCGAGAUCUCGAAUUCCAAGAGCUGGCGCGUCAGAAUAAGAUAACGAAGCAAAUUCUAGAAGCUUUUCUCCAGAAGAAACUCGGCGUGAAGAGUAAUGCAGUGAGACCUCCUUCGGUUCUGGAUAUAUUACCUGUCAAAAUGCACACGAAAGAGAGUACACUAGAGCAGUCUAAUAAAGAAGAGGAUUUCCAAGAAGACUUACAAGAAACUCAAGACUACGUGGAGGAUGACAACCUACAAAGUGUAGAAUCGGAGCAGAUCGACUCGUUCUUGGAUUCAAUUGAAGGCAUGUAUUCGAUUUAUUAAGAAGCAAAACUUUAAACAGUGGCAUUUAAAAAAAAAGUCCGUGAUGGCUUUGGUGAGCUGUUUGAAUUACUUUAAGACAUAAAUUACAAUAAUUACAAUACAAAUACAUUUAAUACAUUACCUCGUUCGUUUGGUGUUUGAUGAUCGCCCCGAGUCAGUUUCUGUGUUAAAGAUAAUUCUGAGCUUACCUUGUUUUGGUCAUAUGUACAUUUAUUAUUUAUCCUACCCGUGCGGACGCAUGCAGUAAUUACGCAAAUUAUAACUUUUGCGGGU